UCUAAAUAUACAGAAUUGUUGUGUGGCUUAUUUAGUUGAAAAAUCGGAAAAAAUGGAGUUAGAUUGGCAAAAUGGUUUUCAGCAAAUAAAAGAGCGAGGACUUUACUUACUUCAGUCGGAAAAGUGGUCUGAUUGUAAAUUUCUUGUUGGGGCUGCCCCAAACCAACGCAUUCUUUGUGGACACAAACUAAUUUUAGCCAUGUCCUCACCUGUUUUUGAAAGGAUGUUUUAUGGUAACCUUCCGGAUGAGAGUGAUCCUAUUUUAAUACCUGAUGUACAACCCGAUGCCUUUCAAGCUAUGUUAGAGUAUAUAUAUUCAGAUCGCAUCAGCAUAAGCUCCUUUGAUAAGGCGUGUGAGUUGUGUUAUGUUGCAAAGAAGUAUAUGCUGCCUUAUGUAGUAGAGCAAUGCACCCAUUUUCUCUGGGCAGAUUUAAGUCCCAAAAAUGCUUGCCGUGCAUAUGAAUUUGCUAAAUUAUUUGACGAACCACGUUUAAUGCAGAGUAGUAUGAGUAUUAUAGCAGCAAAUACACGCGAUGUGCUAGCUGAUCCCAGUUUUGUUGAUAUAGAAAUCUCAACAUUAAUGGCUAUUCUUGAUCAAGAUCGUUUGAAUAUUACGUCUGAGUUGGAACUUUUUAAUGCUUUAGUGAAAUAUGCUUCUGAGCGCGCACUUUUUGUUGAAAACGAAGUUAUGCCGAUGACGCCAUCCUCAUCGUUAGAUAAGGGAUCAUUGCAACACUCUUUUGAUAUAGACAAUAACACAUCCGAAGUUGUAGAGAUUAAAAUGGAGCCAGACGACUCCAGUCUUGUUCAUAGCCGACAAGAAAACUCUGAUACGUCUCAUUUAGUGGAAGACGUGGUUGUCGUAGAAAAUGAUACUUCCAUUACGUAUGAAGAAAAAAAUGGACAUAAUAAUGUGCCAUCGACAGAAAUAAGCAUGAUUGCGUCAUUUUCUUGUCCAAAUAAUGAAAUUGACGAAGCUCUUAUACGCCAAGCUGUUCAGAAGAUACGUUUUCUUACACUGACACCUCAGCAAUUUGCUGAAGGACCUGCGCGAUCUAAGCUUCUCAAACAGAAUGAAGCUUUAGCAAUUCUUAUUAAAAUUUCAAGUCCAACUAUUAACGACUGUCCCAUGCCCGAAGGUUUCUGCAGCUCGAGAACAAGUCGGGAAUAUUAUGAAUCGCGAAGCCAACGAGAUUUACCAUCAUACCAUCGGCCCACUCCAUCAAAUGGUCCGGCACUAUUUGCUCCAUUUGAAACUUUCGCGGGGAAUACAGCUUCUAUUGUAACAACUACUCCGCAGACAUCUUCAAAUAAUGUGAGUACUUUUCAAGGUGGUAGUGACUCUGAUUUAACUACAAACGACACUCGACGUUCAUACUGUGUUCGUACGCUAAAUCAGCAAUUUGACUACAGAAAUACCAGUGUUACCGAUUGCGGACUAACAUUUCAAGUGGAUAGUAAUAUAUGGAUAACAGGGGUGCAAGUACCAACUCAGGUUCUGUGUGGAGAGCUUAUGAAUUCGGCCGGUUUUUCCGAGAGAUAUACAGAAAUUCUCUACGCACAUAUUCAAGAUAUCCAAGGAUCAAGACUUACGUACACACAUUGUACGUCACGUGUUAGAUAUGAUUCAUUGCUGGAAAUAACGUUUGACCGCCCAGUUUAUGUUUAUCGAAAUUUAAUAUAUAAGGUGUAUGUAGUUUUCAACAAAGUUGGUUGGUAUCCAAUGUACACUUGCGUACCAGAUGUUGUCUGUAACAGGGUAAAAUUUAUGUUCAAUGUAGGCAAUCCAAGUGAAUCAGUUAGAGACGGACUAAUUCGAGCAAUAGUUUUUUCUACACCUCAAGAACAGUCCAGAUGUGUUAUGGAAUAAGUUUUUUCAUUUUACAUAUAUUAAUUUAUAUUAUUUAAUUUUUAUUACUGUUGUUGCAUACAUAUUUACAUUUAAGUAUACAUACAAUAUAUACACCUUUUUAAUUAUCUUAACUUAAAGUAAGGAAUGUAUGACAAACAAGCAAAAUGUAUACAUAUAUGUAUGUCUUCUAUAAAAAUAAAAAAUAGAUGUCACGUUUAGUCCGAGGUAAGCUCAUACGUGUAUUUAUGAAUUAA